GAGAGAGAGGGAGAGAGGAGAGAGAGAGAGUAACGGAACGAAUCAUGGAGUUGGAAUCAGACUACGAAAUUGCUCGCACGGCCAAUUUCAUUCGAAGCAGAAACUUCACCAGAGUCGCUUUGCAAUUUCCAGAUGAGUUAUUGAAGGAUUCAAUAAGAGUUGUAAGUGCUCUACGUGAUAAGCUUCGAUCACUCAAUAAACCAUGUGGCGAAGACAUCCAAAAUAAUAGGGAUGUAGGGUUAUAUGUAAUGGCAGAUACCACCUAUGGCAGUUGUUGUGUAGAUGAGGUUGGAGCAUCUCACAUUAAUGCAGAUUGCGUCAUUCAUUAUGGGCACACGUGUUUCAGCCCGACAUCGACUCUUCCCGCAUUAUUUGUUUUUCGGAAAGCUCCGAUUAAUAUAUCCAACUGCGCCGAGAAUCUAUUUUAUCAUGCAUCAACCAGUGACAAGCCUGUUGUGGUUCUUUUUGGACUGGAAUAUGCACAUGCGAUAAAGGAUAUCAAAGAAGCAUUGAUAGCUAAGUCAUCAAGUUCAAAUGCGUCUGCAUCCAGAUUCGAACUACAUUGCGCUGAUGUUAUCUGUUCUGUAAUGUCUCCAUCAGAAAACCUUAAGACUUCCAAUGGGCAUGAUGGAUUGGUUGGUAACCUUACUGCUAAUGAAGAUUGUGGGGAGGCAGCUUGUGCAAAAUACAGUAUUGGAGGCUUGACAUGGAAUUUACCUGAGAGACAUAAAAUAGAGGACUGCUUGCUUUAUUGGAUUGGUUAUGAUAAUUUGGCUUUUGCAAAUGUCGUGCUGACAUUCAAUGGAUGUGAAAUAGUCAGGUAUGAUGCAGCUGAAAAUAGUUUGGUAACCGACUUAUCUCAACAAAGAAGGAUUCUUAAGCGUAGAUAUUACCUCGUUGAGAAAGCGAAGGAUGCAAAUAUUAUUGGAAUUUUGGUGGGAACUCUUGGUGUAGCUGGUUACCUUCAUAUGAUUCAUCAAAUGAAAGAGUUGAUUACAGGAGCUGGUAAAAAGGCCUACACUCUUGUUAUGGGAAGACCAAACCCUGCAAAACUUGCCAACUUUCCUGAGUGUGACAUUUUCAUAUAUGUCUCUUGUCCGCAAACUGCUCUUCUGGAUAGCAAAGAGUUUUUGGCUCCUGUUAUUACUCCUUUUGAAGCCAUGUUAGCUUUCAACAGAGGAAGUCAAUGGACAGGAGCAUAUGUGAUGGAAUUCCGUGAUCUGCUGUCUUCAUCUAUAGUGGAGGUAGUAGACCAUUCAGAAGAAGCAAGAUUUUCCUUCCUUCAAGGUGGAUAUGUAGAAGAUUCAGACCCGCAAGAGAAUGUUGAGGAAGAUAAAGAUGGAGCUCUUGCUUUAGCAACUGCAACAGAGAAGUCUCUGCAGGUUCAGGACAAGUACCCUCAUUUGCUAACCAAAGGAAACGCCAAGUCGGGGGCAGAGUUCUUAGCAGGCCGGUCUUAUCACGGUCUUGACAUUCACAGUAACAAGUCUUCGCCUGAGCCAUUUUUUAUCGGCAGAACUGGAAAGGCAUCAGGGUAUGAGGAUGAGAAAAGUAAGUAGGAAUGUUUUUUGAUCAACUUGCAAAUCGAAAAGAGUAAAGAAGAGGAGGGUUCAAGAAGUAUAGCAGCAGAUAAGGUACUACUACUUGUAACAGUCAAGCACGAGCCCCCAAAUAUAUCUCCCAUUUGUUACUGUUGAUGACAUUUAUUACAAUUCGAUGUUGUGAUUGUUCAAUUUUCAGAAAUGAAUCCUGAAUGAGCUAAAUUAUAGGAAAUAUAGGAAUGUAUAACCUUGUAAUAAUAUUCAAUAAAAUUACAAUUAAUUCAGUUCAUUUUCUCUAAAUAAUUUUUUGAUUUUUC